GUGAUAAUUUGCAAAUUAAUUUUCUUGUCCAUAAUUUUGAUCUGUAGCUUGGUUGGAAAUGUUCUUAUCAUAACUGUGGUUAGUUUGAGGCAAGAGCUAAGGAAGACGAUAAACUUUUUUAUAGUUAACAUGGCAGUUUCCGAUCUCAUUAUCCCGUUGGUGUCCAUCCCAUUUAGUUUGGCUGGAAUCGCGACAAAUUCUCUACAAUGGCCCAUCAGAGGUUUACCGGGUUUGAUCUCUUGCAAGCUUAGUCAAUUUUUGAAGCCUGCCUCAUUAACCGUCUCUGUGCAAAGUCUUCUUUGGAUUGCACUGGAUCGAUUUGUGGCGGUCGUGUUGCCGCUGAAAGCGAAUCUUAUUUCGUCAAGAUUUCGUGCAUUUGCAAUCGCGUCCACUUGGGUUGUGGCAGUGUUAAUCAACUCAACAGAUUUGUACACUACUAAGUUAGUUGAAGAUGGUGGAAAUUUUUACUGCAGAAGAGAGAAUUCGAUACUACGCAAUACUUUUGGAUAUGGGCGUGUUGUCCUUUUAACAAUAGCUCCAUUGCUGUUAGUUACCAUUUUGUACUUUGCGAUAGCAGUGACCUUGGGAAGGCAAAACAAAACUCUUCGAUGUACAGCAGUAAAAGAGCAUAGUCAAAGGAAAACCAAAGCUAUACGGAUGAGCCUUUGCAUCAUAGUUACGUUUAACCUAUGCACUCUUGUCUACACCAUUCUGACAAUAGCUAGUCUUCAAAGUGAAGCCGCAAAUUUAUCCUGUUUCGUUAAUAAUGUUUUAUGGUUUUUGGCUCUUCUUGGUAUGUACUUAUGUUCAGUCGUAAAUCCAUUCAUUUGUUUCACAUUUGUUAAAAGCUAUCGGCGUGGAGUGAGAGAAAUAUUUACUUGGAGAAAUUACGGUAGGGGUCGAGAAGAUCUAGAAAAUAAUAAACAUGGCAGUUAAAGGAAAGGACAAGGGGAUUUACCGUCAAACGGAUGAACUGAAACCUCCAUAAGAAGCAGUUCUCUGUUUAUACACUACAUGGUGCCAUUACUUUUAUCAUUUCCUCUUUUCCUUCUUUUUGUCAACCGAAAAGAAAGAUAGCGACCAUCUAAAUGAAAGUCACAAUAAUGAUGAUGAAUCAUGUUAAUAUUUCAUAUUCUUGAAUCUGUAAAUAGUAAAAUUUAAUAAUUAUUAUAUUUAUCAUUGGGAUGAACAUAGAAAUUUUCUUUUUUUUAGUUUACAGACAGUUUACAUUUGCUCUGUUGAAAACCACCAGACCACCAAGAAGUCUUUUUUUAAACUAUAGUUAUACUAAAUUUGUACUUAAUUUUCAAUUUGAGAAGAGUUUAAUUAAGUAUUAUUAUUAUUUUUUUAAAAAAAUUAUUAUUAUUAUUAAUUAAGGGUAGCACGUAACUCAAAAAUUAUGAUUCAUAAAGAUAUAGGUUUGUUAAUUUUAAACUCGUACUUCAACUACUCGUUUCAAGCGUGAAACUGUGGAUUCACAUUAUAGCCAUUAUGUGCCAAGAAAAUCGUAAAAGCGUGAACACAAUCUGUAUUUAGCCCUCGAUAUGUUCUACUUGUUUAUCCAUAAGUUCAGAAUCUGAUCCACACCUUAAUUUUGAUGAAGGCCCAGUUUCUUAGACUUCCCAUUCAUACGCGACGGCGCAGAACUGAAAUAGAAAUUAUUAGAGGAACGCAUUUGUAGUAUAGUAGUAGUAAUAGUGGUCUUCAAGAUGAAGUUCCAAUGGCCUGUCUCGGUAAAGGUGUUAUAUGUUUUUUUGCUCUUUGUGGUCUUAAAUUUACUGCAUUCGUGAAUCCAUCCAUGUGCUUUACAUUUACUGAAAGCCGUCGACGUGAUUUUGCCGGAACAGCUUUUUAAUGCCGCAUUUAAGGGUGCCAAUGCAGAAAAGCCAUGUCACCGACAGGAUUCAUGGCCGCCAGACUGACUUAGGUUACAUCAGAUAAUCUUGGAGUUUAAGCAGUGAUCAUCAGUUCCUUUUUGAGGUUAGAUGGUAAGGUUGUAGCGUAAACAUUUGACCGGGCGUAAAAUUCAUGUGUUUUCCACAUUUUUCUGUAAAAGGGGACAAAAACGUUAAUGUUUAAAGGUCCAUUAUUAUUUGUGUAAACCAUAGGGCAUAUUAAUUCAAUAUAUGGAAGAAAGUAUUCUAAGCCUUUUCUUCUUAAAAGAGAGCCACGUAUAAUGCAAUGUGUAUGUAAAAACAAAAUAAACAACAUUGAAUUUCUUACCCUUAUCUUAUAUAUCAUAACAUAAUUAAAUCCAACACAAUAUUUGACUAAAACACAAAUGCCGAUUGGCAGGAGAGUAAAUAAGUAAGAUGCCUAAAACAUAAUUAAAAUCUUAUAGAUGCUUAAUGAUCUUUAUGUUUCCAUCUGAUUGACAAUGUGGAAUCAGGACCCACGUAAAAGCAAAUAAAGCCACAUGAACCAAGUACCGGAGAGAGAGUAUAUUGUCUAGCAUUAAUGGAAUAUAACCGAUAUAAUCUCAACCAUCUGAUCACGAAACUGCAAGUAAUAUUCUUAUAAACGCUCGGGGGUGCGAAAAAUGCCUUUCUUUUAAUAUUUUCAAAGAAGAGCAAUAACGGACAAUUUAAAACAUAUUAUAGUUCAUUAAAAUACGUCUUUAAUGUAGGGGGUGUUGUGCACAUUUUAAUAUAUCAGUCGAUAAUGAAGUUAUUUUGACACGUAAGAGAAGUCGAUUAUAAUUUUCGUAUUAAUCUUUCUAGAAGCUGGGUUGGCGAUAAAAACAAGACAAGCAACAAUAAUGUCAUCAAAUAAAUAAGACUAAAUCUCAUGUCAAAAUGAAAUCCAUUGAAAAAAGCACUCUUUAAUGCCAAAGCCUAAAAUGCAAAAAACUCAAAGUUGGGAAAACCGCCUCUUUAACGAACAAAUUCACCAAUUUUACGUCUGAAACUUUUUUUCCAUUUUUGAUGCGAGCCAUCAGCUUGGUAUAGGGUUAAAUGGAUUUCAGUUCCAUCUAUGUCAGUAUCGAAAAAGGGCUGAACUUUUGUUUUUAAUUGAGCCUAGAACCCUCUUGUAUUAUAGACUGAUUUGAAUAAAAAAAAAACCUUGCAAAAUUAGCAGAUUUUCGUUCCUACUGGCCCCCAGUAAACAGCGGUCCUCGUCAGUUUAAAUAACCGGACCUAAAUAUUGUGCAUUAAUGCUGAUACCAAAAGUCUUAUAACAACUAUUAAUCCUUCUAUGAUUUCUUCUUCUCAUAGCAUUUUCAGGUGGAAAAGAUAAGUGUCUGUUUACCCAAGGUGUGUUCUGGAAAUUAUGAGUGAUUUGCCUGUUUAUAUAAUUCUGUUGGAGAAACUGAUAUAUAAUUAUAUAUAAAAAAUGAACAAAUAAAUAAAAAAGAAAGAAAGAAAGCGAGCAGCUACUCAAAAUAGUCAUUCCGUUUUGUAAAACUGCUUCAAAUUCUUAUCUUCUGAGAACUAUGUUAAUAACUGGUAUGAAAUAGAAAGGACUCUGCAUGCUCAGCAUUAGACAUGUCUACAAGUUUUACUAACGAUUCGCUAAGCCAGAAAAUUUGCGAAAUCUUGAACGAACCUUCGCCGUGGGCAUACGGGAUUCACCAGAAAAUAUUCUAUAUUUUAUGCUCGAUCGUCAAGAUGGCUAUGCCGCUCAUACUAUAGAAUGCAAAUAAAACUUUUCAAAAUAAACACCUUGCUUUCAAAGAUCACCAAUAUUUAAUUGAAGUUUUUAAAAUGGAGUGCACUAAGGCUGAUAUUGUCUCAUUUCAACUAAAAACCUAAUGUUUUUUUUGUUUCCAUAGGGACAUUUAUUAAUUUUUUCUUAACCCUAGUUAUAUAUCGCCUUUUGCCGUUAGUUUUCCCCAAUGUUUAAACAUGUAGUUUAAAAAGUAUGCAAAUAAGAUUUGUCAAAGGCGUGGCCUUCAGGAAAUCUUAUAGAUCUGCAUUAAUCUAUGUAUUUUUGCUGGAGGGAUUCACCUACGAAAAAGAGAUCAGCGGCUUAAACUAUUCGUCCUAUUUUUUGCAAUUCGUUGCGAUCAUUUUCAAGUUCUCUGGAUGUUUUGGUGGUAGCCAGAAGGAGAUUAUGUUUAUUUAAUAACAAUUGGCAUAAUUUGUAGCCAUCCUUAAAGCACUCUUAGAGAGAACGCGCAAGUGCUCAGCAUUUUGAAUAUGUCUGAGACAAAUUAUACUCAAAACAGUUACCUUAACAAGGAACGCUGUGAAAUGUCGACCGAUUCUUUUUUCCUGCAAAUAUUUCAACUGAUUUUCUUUUCCAUUAUUUUGAUCUGUAGCUUUGUUGGAAAUGUUCUUAUCAUAAUUGUGGUGCGUGUGCGACAAGAGCUGAGAAGGACGAUGAACUUUUUUAUACUGAACAUGGCAGUUUCUGAUAUGAUAUUUCCGUUGGCAUCUCUUCCGUUUAGUGUGGCUACAAUUUCGGCCAAUUCGCGGGGAUGGCCCAUCAGUGGUACGCCAGGUUUGGCUUUGUGCAAGCUCAGUGUAUUUUUGACGGCUGUUUCAGUUACCGUGUCUGUGCAAAGCCUUAUCUGGAUCUCGCUGGAUCGAUUUGUGGCGGUGGUGUUGCCACUGAAAGCGCUUCUUAUAUCCUCGCGAUUUCGCGCUUUUGCAAUUGCGUCUAGCUGGGUUGUGGCUGUGUUAAUCAACUCAACAGAUUUGUACACGAUGACGCUGAUACAGGAAAGUGGCGGGUUUCAUUGCACAAGAGAAAAAAAUCUUUCUUUGGUACUCAAAACAACUAUGUAUUUUCGUGUUGUCCUUAUAUCGAUCGCACCAUUACUACUAAUCACCGCGUUGUACUCUGCCAUAGCAGUGACGUUAAAAAGAAGAAACGCAACCCUUUCAUACUCAUCGACAAAAGACAACGAUCAAAGAAAAAGGCAAGCAUUAAAGAUGAGCUUGUGCAUUAUAGUUGCGUUUAAUCUUUGCGCUCUUCUUUUCAUCAUAAUGGCGGUGGCUGGUCUUCAAGAUGAAUUUCCCGUGUCCUGUCUCGGUUAUAAGGUGUUAUGGUUUCUUGCUCUUUCUGGUCUUUACUUUACUUCAGUCGUGAAUCCAUCCAUGUGCUUUACAUUUAUUGAAAGCUAUCGACGUGGACUAAGAGAAAUAUUUACUUCGAGACGGGCCGGUACGAAGAAGAUCCAGAAAUCUAAGAAUCCUAGAAAGUAGGGAUGAAGAUGAGGAAAUUUAUCUCAUAAGGAGACAUUCCAAGAAUGUCAUUCGACAUGCAAGUAUGGUUGCAGGCUGUUCUUUUGGUUUGAGAGAUGCCAAACUUCAUGCAAUCACUUCUUCUGUUAUACACUCAGACAUCUCUCCGGUAUUUCGAACACUUGUUUUUUGAGCCAUGAUUUUACCGGAAGAACUUUUUAAUGUCGCAUUUAAGAGUGCCAAUGCCAAAAAGCUAUGUAACGGCGACAGGAUUUGAUUUCAUGGGCCGCCAGAUUCAAGUUAGAUUUAAACCGUUACGCCAUUUGGUAAUUUGCGAGUUUGAGCAGUGAUCAUCCACUAGUCCUUAUUAAGGUUAGAUGGUAAGGUUGUAACGUAAAACUUGACCAGGCGUAAAUUUCAUACGUUUCAACAUUUUAUUCUAAAAGGGGGAUAAAAAAGGUAAUAUCUAAUCGUCCGUUACUAUUUAUCUGAACCACAGGGCACAAGUAAAUAUAGUGUAUAUGCUAAAGAAGAGCACUUGUUAAGACGCCAAAAGAUUCAGUGUGCCAACUUCUAGCCGCAUCCCGCAUCGUUAUCGAUGCUAUGAUAGUUUACUACUUGCAUCAUAAAGAUUCUUGAAUAGCUAGAAGCUCUGCUUAAUAGAGGUGAUUCCUAGCUGCUGAGGAGCUGAUUAUAAUAAUAUAUUAUAAAAAAAUGACAAUUAUGAGAUUUUAGCCGAGAGUCCACCUCACCAGAGGGUGCUCUUCAUUAGGGCCCUAAUUAACAAUUAAAUUACUAUUUUUACUUUUCGAUAUCCUAUUGUGCUUUAUUCUUUGUCUUUUGUUUCUUCAUAAAGGAAAAAUUAUAAAAAGUAAGACAAAAACAAAAAAAACAAAAACAAAAACAAAACAAAAGAAAAACUGAGACUCCGGCCAUCAGGACGACCACUGCAAGUAUUUAAAGAUGAUUUUCCGUAGCUUCCUGUAAUCGGAUUUUGAAAUAAAUGAUGAAAUGAAUAAAUUAUUAAGUUAAUAAAUGAAAAGGUAAAUAUUUCGAUGAAAAAUAAACUAAUGUUUUAGAAAAUCUUUCUUGCCUUGUUCGGCACGCUUAGGGUAAGAAUUUGCUCGAAAAGUCAGGUUAUUAUUAAUACAUUGUAGAUUCAUACCCUACAAAAGUUUUUGUCUAAUUGUUUGCUUAAAAACUGUAACACCUGCUGUGGUUAGGACUCAAUAAAGAGCCAGUCUUUUUUAUAAUGUGUCCCACUACCCUUUUUUCGAACAAAGACAGUAUUUGUAAACUCAAAAAAAAAAUUAUCCAGGGACGCAGUAAUGAUGUCUGUUUUUAGGCCAAAAAUACAAUUUUCCUCCUUUUUGAAAUUCCUCCUUCCUCGACAUAAGAAAGGGCCAAGAGAAUUUGUUCCAUACGACAGGGUUUCGUUAUAUCGAGAUACUCAGUUUACCAAUAUACUAUUUGGCAAAGAAAUUGUUCAAGUGCUCAUUUAUUCAGGGAUGGAGUGAUGGAUUUCUGUAUAUUAGAGAGAUUUAGAGUGACGCUUAAGACAAACUGCAAACGUCAGAGUUGAGAAUUUCUCAAAAUAAAAAGCUUGCUGCUAUAACAAAACAAACCAAAAUAAUUGUUAAAGACAUAACUAAUGUGAAGCUACCUUUUUGGGGGCAGAAGAAGUGAUGAGCAGUAAAGCAAAAGUGAAGAAAAAACUUGGUCUCGAUAUAGAAUCACGUUUGCCGUUUGCUGUAAACGCAACGCUAAAUCUCUCUAAUAUUUGAUAGCGAAACCCCAAGAAAUUUUCUUACUAAGCGAAGGGUUAGCAAAAUGUGUCUUCAUUUUAAUGUAGGCAACUAAAAGCAUGCAAAUACAUCCGUACCAUUUAAAAUUAAUAAAGACUUAUCUAUGAUGUGGGGCGAGUGUUGUACAUUAUAUACAUAUAUUUGUCAAUGACGAAGUUUCGACAGAUAAGAGAGUCAGAGCGAUUCCUUGCGAUAUUUCUAAAAGCUUUGACGGAGAUAAAAAGUACGUAGCUGUUCAGCAAUAAUUUGUUCGCAUACUCAUGACAAAAUCUUACUUCCAUUCAAUACGUUUCCUUUAGUACCCCGUGAUGCGAAAGCAUUAAAAUUUAGAAACUCACGCUCGGUCAACAAAAUACAAGAGUUAGCUAAACCGGUUCUUUUACGGACCAAAUUUGAAAUUCGAAAUCUGAAACGCCUUUUUUUCAGGUUUUGGAUAGGAGUCAUUAGCUUAGUAUAAGGUUAAAACGGCCGGGUUUCAUUUCCAUCAAGGUCAAUAUUGAAAUAAAGUGAGCUUUUUAAUUUUAAAAGCCUUGAACAUCUGUUUUAUAGACUUAAAACAAACAACUUCAAAUAAGCAGAAUUUUGAGUGGCAAUGAUCUUCAGUAAACUACAGUCUUACGAAAAAAGGGAGCCCAAAACCCUUGAUUACUGGUUGUCAAAACAUCUUCAUCGGAGGAAACAAUUUCAGUUUAGUGCCUUUUUACCAAUUGCAAGCAAACCGUCGCCAUUUAUUUAGUUGCAACGAAUGACAUGUUGUUUUUAAAACUGUGAUUGGGUAUAAGAUUUAAUGAUGCGGUCUUCAAAUUAAAAUUUGCAUGUCUAUGCAAUCGUAUAAAAGGAGGAACGAAGCUACUCAAAGAAGUCAGUUCUUGUUAUGCAAAACUGGUUCCGACUCCUAAGAGAACUGUUUUUUUCAAAUUUUGGCUCAAAAAGCACGAGUGACUAUCCUCAGAAUUUUAAUCAUGUCCGCAAAUUAUACUAACAAAUCCUUAAACCAGGAAUUUUGUAAAUUUUUGGCGGAACCUAUUUUUGUGAUAAUUUGCAAAUUAAUUUUCUUGUCCAUAAUUUUGAUCUGUAGCUUGGUUGGAAAUGCUCUUAUCAUAACUGUGGUUAGUUUGAGACAAGAGUUAAGGAAGACGAUAAACUUUUUUAUAGUUAACAUGGCGGUUUCCGAUCUCAUUUUCCCGUUGGUGUCUAUCCCAUUUAGUUUGGCUGGAAUCGCGACAAAUUCUCCAAAAUGGCCCAUCAGAGGUUUACUGGGUUUGAUCUCUUGCAAGCUUAGUGAGUUUUUGAAGCCUGCCUCCUUAACCGUCUCUGUGCAAAGUCUUCUUUGGAUUGCACUGGAUCGAUUUGUGGCGGUCGUGUUGCCACUGAAAGCGAAUCUUAUUUCGUCAAGAUUUCGUGCAUUUGCAAUCGCGUCCACUUGGGUUGUGGCAGUGUUAAUCAACUCAACAGAUUUGUACAGCACUAAGUUAGUUGAAGAUGAUGGAAACUUUUACUGCAUAAGAGAGAAUUCGAUGCUACACAAAACUUUUGGAUAUGGGCGUGUUGUCCUUUUAACAAUAGCUCCAUUGCUGUUAGUUACCAUUUUGUACUUUGCAAUAGCAGUGACCUUGCGAAGGCAAAACAAAACUCUUCGAUGUACAGCAGUAAAAGAGCAUAGUCAAAGGAAAACCAAAGCUAUACGGAUGAGCCUUUGCAUCAUAGUUACGUUUAACCUAUGCGCUCUUGUCUACACCAUUCUCACGAUAGCUAGUCUUCAAAGAGAAGCUCCAAAUUUAUCCUGUUUCGUUAAUAAUGUUUUAUGGUUUUUGGCUCUUCUUGGUAUGUACUUAUGUUCAGUCGUAAAUCCAUUCAUUUGUUUCACAUUUGUUAAAAGCUAUCGGCGUGGAGUGAGAGAAAUAUUUACUUGGAUAAAUUACGGUAGGGGUCGAGAAGAUCUAGAAAAUAAUAAACAUGGCAGUUAA